GAAGUGUGUUUUUUUUUUAUAAAAGUAUUACUUUUAAAGACGACUAACACACUCAGCGCCGAAGAAGCUGAUUUUUGACCAGCUACAAGUGUGAAUUGCCGUAAGAAAUGUCAACAAAUGCAUCGAUUGAUCUGGCGCUGGAUCGCGUGAAUUGGAAUGACCUGGCCGAAAACCAGGAGCAAUUGCCGCGCAUUUAUACUCCCGGCGAGGUGCUGAUGCCAGAGUCCGGCUUCAUGCGUGGUCAUGGCACAUUUGUGGAGGACGAAAAUAUAAAAGCCUCUGUGGCGGGUGUCAUUCAGAAGGUGAACAAAUUAAUAUCAGUGCGUCCGCUGAAGAGUCGCUAUGUGGGCGAGAUUGGCGACGUAGUCGUAGCACGUGUAAUUGAAGUGGGGCAAAAACGCUGGCGCGUAGACACAAACUCCCGUCUAGAUUCGGUGUUGUUGUUGUCCUCGGUGAAUCUUCCAGGUGGUGAGUUGAGGCGACGCUCUGCGGAGGAUGAGCAAAUGAUGCGAAGAUAUUUGGAUGAAGGAGAUUUGAUCUCUGCAGAAGUGCAAAAUAUCUUUGAGGAGAGCACAUUGUCCCUUUACACACGCAGCUUGAAAUACGGCAAAUUGUCACAGGGCACACUUGUCAAAGUAUUUCCGGCGCUGGUCAAGCGCCGUAAGAUGCACUUUCAUAAUCUGCCUUGCGGUGCUUCAGUGAUAUUGGGCAACAAUGGCUAUAUCUGGAUAUCACCGACAAAGGGAGAUGAACAGGACGGUGGCGAGGGUGGAUUUGCCCAGAAUUUAAACGAAGUUGUGCCACGAAAUGAACGUGAGGUCAUCGCCCGCCUGCGCAACUGCAUCCUGGCACUGGCAAAAUGUAAACUGAUGUUGUAUGACACGAGCAUUCAAUAUGCCUACGAGGAGUCGCUGAAAUAUGAGCCACGAGAACUGUUACAGCAACAUGUCAUAUUUGAUAUUGGAGAGCAAACACAGGCCCGUCUCAGAGAUGUCGAUCUUAUGGACUGAUGUAAAAAUAAAGCAUAUUCUAUUAGUCAA